UCUCUCUCUCACACACACACGCCACAUGGCAGAUCCAGAGAGCCAGAACAGGCCGCUUGCACCACCAUCCGUACCAAAAAGCAACGAUGAGCUCUACGCCGCCGGAAUCACACCGUUCAAAAAACGCAAGCAUGAGGAAAGCAGCAAGUGUCUCGUCUACCUACUCGCCGCCGUGGUUUUCGCCGGCGUAAUCUUCUUAAUUUUCGGUUCCGUUUUCCUCCGCGUCGUCAAUCCGAAACUCCGUCUAACUUCCGUCGAAAUCCAAAACUUUCAAUCCGGCGCCACUAAUACAUCACAGUCACUAAACGUAACGAUGCUAACGAGAGUAACGGUGAUUAACGGAAACUUCGGCCGGUACGAUUUCGAAAACUGCAACGCCGUCGUUUUGUAUAGAGGCGUUACGAUCGGAAGCGGAGAUGUUUCCGGCGGAAAAGUAGGUGCGAGAACGAGAGAAUCGAUGAGUGUUACGAUGAGAAUUGGAACUGAGAAUUUGAAUGUUACUGAUAGUAGUAUUUUUAAUAAUAAUAAUUCGAGUAAUACUGAAGUAGUCGAGAUUAGCAGUUACGCGAAGAUGACAGGUAGAGUCCGUGUUAUGAAGAUUGUGGAUCGGAGGAAGACUAUUGAGAUGAAUUGCACGAUGGAAUUGAAUUUGGUUAGAAGGUCGGUUAGGAUUUCGUUAUGUGCGUCAUGAGAAAUAUACGUGUACGUAUAGAUAUAUUCUGUGUAUGUAUAGGUUUUAAUAUACGGGAUUACAGGGUAUAAAGUUGUAUGGAUAUAUAGGAAAGAUUUGAUCAAAAGUUUGUUACGUACAGUAUGAUUGGAUAUUUGAUAACAUUUUUUUGAAACUUAAAA